ACGCUCAGUUUCAGUUUCAGUUUUCUCAGCGCUUUCGUUGCGACAAGUUGUUGCUGUGCCAUAGCAAAAACUCAAAUACAAAAUCCAAAAUAAAUAACAAUAAAGUGCUACUCGUUUUGUUGCAGCUGUUGAGCGCGCGCAAAAUCUAAAAAAAAAACAAGAAGAAAAAAUCCAAUCGACUGCACUUGACUCCCCCACUCCACCUCCCCCAACUGACAGCUGCAGCGCGCGCAUUUACCGCUGAAAUUGUGUGGUGUAAUGUAUUUGGUGUUUACUGUGGCUGCUGCUGCUGUUAUUGUUGUUGUUAUUUUAACGGUGCCACAGUCAGUGCAGUGCCAGUGUUGUAAAGCGUUCACAUUGCGCGAGCAUGGCACGCAAGGAUGAUCCCGUUUUCAAUGUGAAAUUUGUGGAACUCGUUGAGAAGCAGGCUUGCUUGUGGAACUACACGCAUCCGGGCUACAGCAAAAAGGAGGAGGUACAAAAAGCUUGGCAACAUGUGGCCAAUGAGAUAAAGGACACAGUGCGCAACUCGAGGGAACGCUGGCGAACCAUCAGGAGCAGUUUUCUGCGAUCCUUGAAAUUGGCCCGUACACAGACGGGACGAGGCAAGCGUAAAUAUUAUUUGUCCAAGUACUUGCAGUUUCUGAUACCCUACACUAAGUCGAGGGCGUGUCACAAGCAAAUGCCACCGAAUGCCCAUCAAAAUGCCAAUGCCACGAGCAAUUCCAAUUGCAAUCCCAAUCCCAAUCCCAAUUCAAAUACAAAUCCACAUCCAAAUCCAAAUGGAGGCAUGGUGUUGCGCAAACCAAGUACAUCGACGACGGCAGCAACAUUUUUGGCCACAUUGAGCACACAGCCAAUGACACGAAUUGGACAGAUGCGACAUCACAGCAAUGCGAAUGCGAAUGCCAUUGACCAUGAUGAGGACACCAAAGACAGCAACGAUAGCGAUGCAGUUGGAGUUGUUGCUGCAGCAGCAGCAACAGUUGCUCAGCCGUUGGAAGUGCAAGUGUCUGAGGAGGAGCAGGAUCAGCAGGAUAAUGAUAAUGAUAAUGAUAGAAAUGCAACACAGACACCACUAAGAUUGCAGGCCAUCAAAGUGGAGCAUCAACAACAUCACCAGCAACAGAAUAACGAUAAAAUUGUUGCUGCUGCUGCUGCACAACAUUCAUUGGUCACACUGCCGGUGACAAUGGCGGCGGCAUUACGCAAUAAUCUCGAUUGGACGGAGUUAACCGAGUGGCUAAAAGGCAACAGCAACGCCAACCAGUUGCAGUUCCAUCACCUACACCACAACAACAACAACAACAGCAGCAGCCUAAACCACAACAAUAUGUUGUCGCAUCAUGGACAUAUUGUUGGUACAGCAAACACACCGCCACCAACUGCCAGUACACCAGCUCCAGCAUCGCUAGCAACAUCUGGAACUGGAGCUGGUCUGGGAUCAGCAACAGUUGCUGGUACGCCGCCAGAUGCGGAUUAUUCGUUUUUAAUCAGCCUGCAUCCCUAUUUGAAGGAAAUGAGUGGCAAACAGAAUCGACGCUUUAAACAGAAGGUUGUCGGUCUCAUUGACAAUGUUCUUGACAAUGUGGAUGUUUAGCUAACGAGCAGCAAUAUACAAAAACACAACAACAACAACAACCGACAGUGCCCAUUCGUUAUACAUAUUUUAUAUAUAACUAGCAACUAAAUGUACUUGUAUUGUUUUUUUUUUUUCUAUGUAAAGCGUAUAUUGCAUUGUUUUUGUUAAACUUUAAACACACAAACACACAGAGAGACACAUUUGUUAUAUGUAAAUUCAAAAAUCGAAAAUAUGUAAUUCAAUGCAAAUAAAACGCUUUUUCAACACAACACAUUUCAAAUAAACGUCGCGUUUUACAGCACUAUUCUUACCGUUGCCAGAGUGCUGCAAGCCAAAGCAAACUAGUUCGUCUCGUGAACCAGUUACCAGACAGCUGAUUUGUGCGCUUUCUGGCAGCGCCAUAUGGUAAUUACUAGAAAUUUAAAAAAAUAUAAGGAAAAAAGGCGAGUCAGCUGCGAAUGCAAGCUGCAUUUUAAUAAAGUUUGCUGGCGAUAUCAACAGCAGUAACAUUCUCA